ACGAAGCGCCGAGUGACAGUUUGUCGGAACAACUUCAACGGUGAGGUUGGAUUGCGUGUGUUUUAGUUAGAUAGAGAUAAUUGAAGCUUCCGGUCAAUCAAUAAUGAUGGAACCGUUGGAUGUAAUCAUCACUGUUGUGAUGGUUUGCUUGGCGAUCUAUCUAUACUUGGAUAGGAAGCAUCAGUAUUGGGCCGAUCGGAAAGUUCCCUUCGUUCAACCAGAAUUCUUUUACGGAAAUGGGAGAGCUAUGGGCAGGACCAUGCAGGUCGGAAAACUGUUCGAGAAGUUUUAUCAUGAGCUGAAAGGAAAAAAUCCAUUCGGUGGAAUCUACCUGUUCCAGACACCGAUUGCCGUCGUUACUGAUUUGGAGAUGUUGAAGUGUGUUUUCGUGAAAGAUUUUCAGUAUUUCCACGAUCGAGGAACCUUUCAUAACGAAAAGUAUGAUCCGUUAUCUGCCAAUAUGUUCAAUUUGGGUGGAAGCAGGUGGAAGAUGCUGAGGCAUAAACUCUCUCCUACCUUCACAUCCGGUAAAAUGAAGAUGAUGUUCCCAACUAUUGUGGCUGCUGGGAAACAGUUCAACGAUUUUAUGGAAGAUCAGGUUAAGGAAGGCCAAGAGCUUGAAUUGAAGGAUUUGUUGGCUAGAUUCACUACCGAUGUCAUUGGAAUGUGUGCCUUCGGGAUUGAAUGUAACUCAAUGAAAGAUCCCAACGCACAGUUCCGAGUAAUGGGACGAAAGAUUUUCCAAAAACCUCGUGGCAAAGUGAAGGGUUUCUUCAUGACAUCUAUGCCAAAAUUGGCAAAAAUACUUCGACUUAAGAUAACAGAUCCUGAAGUAUCGGACUUUUUCUUGAAAAUCGUGCGGGAGACAAUCGACUACCGGGUGCAAAACAACGUUAAGCGUAAUGACUUCAUGGAUCUUUUGAUUGAAAUGAGAGAUCCCCAGGAAACUAAAAGCAGUGAAGGUACGCUUACCUUUAACGAAAUAGCUGCUCAAUCGUUCAUCUUCUUCCUGGCCGGAUUCGAGACCAGUUCAACUCUUUUAACAUGGACUCUGUACGAACUAUCCAUCAAUCAGGAAAUUCAGGAAAAGGGACGACAGCAUGUUCGUGAUGUCCUAUCCAAAAAUAACGGGGAAAUGACUUACGAAACAGUUACCAGUAUGAAGUAUUUGGAUCAAAUUUUGCAUGAGGCCCUCCGGAAGUAUCCUCCGGUUCCGGUUCACUUCCGGGAAACGGCGAAAGACUACGAGGUCCCGAAUUCGAAAACCGUCAUCGAAGCCGGUACCCGAGUGUUCAUCCCCGUUUACGGCAUCCAUCACGAUCCGGAAAUCUUCCCGGAUCCGGAGCGAUUCGACCCGGACCGUUUUACCGCGGAGGAAGAGGCCAAGCGGCAUCCGUACGCGUGGACUCCGUUCGGCGAGGGCCCUCGGAUUUGCGUUGGGCUGCGGUUCGGGAUGAUGCAGGCUAGGAUUGGACUGGCGUAUCUGUUGAAUGGAUUCAAAUUUUCGAUCGGGGAGAAGUGUCAGGUUCCGUUGCAGCUGGACGAGAGAAGUUUUAUUUUGUCGCCGAAGGGUGGCCUGUAUCUUAGGGUGGAGAAAAUUUGAACUAGUUACAAUCUCAUCGGUUUAAUCGUGGAAAAUUUUACACAUUACAUAAGUAUUUUAGUUUGAUAAGAAAGUCUUUCUGAUUCGCGAAACACUCACGCAGUAAACAUUUUGUUGUACUGUUCAUUUACGAUUGGUUAAAUAAACAAGCCUCAUUCUUUA